CAGGGAAUGACCCUGACUUCGUUGUCUUCCUUCUCUAUUUUCCAGCGUGACCGUCUUCAAAAUGUCUGGAGAAAUCGGGACGACGAAGUAUCAACUGUUCAUCAAGGGUAUAAAAGGCGAAAAUAUGUCCAUCAUCGUGCACAAAGUAAGUUGCAGAAUGGUGCGACGUCUUGCACUGCUAGAGCUUCUAUAUAUUUCGCAGGACGCUACAAUCGACGAGCUGUUUGUUCUUCUGGAGAAGAAAACGGGCAUUCCUCCAGCAGAGUCGCGCUUGAUUCACGCUGGCAAGGAAUUGGUGCAAAGGCAGGAGAAACGGAUCAGUGACUAUCCGUCUAUUCUGCAUGGCUCCAACCUGUUCAUGGUGAUGAGGCUCUUGGGAGGUUUUGAUGAGCCACCACCAACAAAGGAGCUUGAUGACUUGGUUGAUCUGACAAGUGAACCAGACAUGAUCACCUGGGAUGAUGAUCCAGAGGGAAAGAGAGCCAAAGAUGCCGUGUGGUCAUGCCAUUGCACCUGAUUCACUCACCACUUACUGCCGCAGCCUGCUCACCGCCGGAAAAUUCAUCUUCCUCUGCCCUUACGUCGACCCGGACAACGCCACCAUCCGGUGCAACAAGGAAUGGAGCUACAUUGAAGUCCGUCGUUUCGGUGUGCUAUCGAAAGACGAACAGAAAGAGUUCGAGACAAGGAUUUCCGAAAACUACCUGAAGAAGGCAAUGGGGAUCCAAGAAUGUCCUGGUUGUCAGAGCCUCUGCGAAAGAAUCAAUCCCAAAGACAAACGUCUGACCUGUCGCCUUUGCUCCAAGGAGAAGGGCCGUCGUUUCGAUUUCUGCUGGCAUUGUCUCCACGAGUGGAGAGAUUCCGGGACCACCAAGUGUGGAAACGAGGAGUGCAGUAACGAAGAUCAUCGCCUGCGCAUCCUUCGAGAAACCAAGGAGAAAUACGUUGUUGGGGUGAAAACACCUAGCUGCCGUGCCUGCCCGCAGUGUGGCAUGCUCAUCGAGCAUGUUGCCCAGUGCAAGCACAUGGUGUGUCGCUGUGGUGUCCAGUUCUGUUUCAUCUGCCUCGGGACCAAGGGAGACAAUGGCUGGCAGUGUGGCUUUUUCAAUACAAUGUGCGAGCCUGCCGCUCGCCAAACAAACAUCCCUGGAUUGUGACACUGAAGAUUUUUUUGGACUCUUGUCUACUGUAUUCUCGAAUGUGUUAUGCGACUGACUUG